UGUGGUUGGAGGGCCAAGGUCGCGCUGGAGCCAGCCCCUCUCUUCUCGUCAAAUCUCGCGAGAUCGCCCCCCCCCCCCCCGGAGCUCCGCGACGGAAUUAUACAGAAAUCUUGUGAGACGACUGCACAAACAGAGUGAUGAUUGUACAGCAAGUGGUAUUAAAUUCCCGACCUGGAAAAAAUGGUAAUCCAGUGGCAGAGAAUUUCCGAUUGGAAGAAGUCAGUAUACCAGAUACUAUUAAUGAAGGACAAGUACAAGUUAGAACUCUUUAUCUUUCUGUGGAUCCUUACAUGCGUUGUAGGAUGAAUGAAGACACUGGUACUGAUUAUAUAGCACCUUGGCAGCUGUCUCAGGUGGUGGAUGGUGGAGGUGUUGGAAUUAUAGAAUUAAGCAAGCACGCAAAUUUGACUAAAGGUGACUUUGUGACUUCUUUCUAUUGGCCCUGGCAAACCAAGGCUAUUCUGGAUGGAAAUAGCCUUGAAAAGGUAGACCCACAGCUUGUAGAUGGACACCUUUCAUAUUUUCUUGGAGCUAUAGGUAUGCCUGGCUUGACUUCCUUAAUUGGAGUACAGGAAAAAGGUCAUGUAACUGCUGGAUCUAAUCAGACAAUGGUUGUCAGUGGAGCAGCAGGUGCCUGUGGAUCCUUGGCUGGGCAGAUUGGCCAUUUGCUGGGCUGUUCCAGAGUGGUGGGAAUUUGUGGAACACAAGAGAAAUGCCUCAUUUUGACCUCAGAACUGGGCUUUGAUGCUGCAAUUAAUUAUAAAAAAGGGAAUGUGGCAGAACAACUCCGAGAAUCAUGCCCAGCUGGAGUGGACGUUUACUUUGAUAAUGUUGGUGGUGACAUCAGCGAUACAGUGAUAAGUCAGAUGAAUCAGAACAGCCACAUCAUCCUGUGCGGUCAAAUUUCUCAGUACAAUAAAGAUGUGCCAUAUCCUCCUCCACUGCCCCCUGCGAUAGAGGCAAUCCAGAAGGAAAGAAACAUCACAAGGGAAAGAUUUAUGGUGUUAAAUUAUAAGGAUAAAUUUGAGCCUGGCAUUCUACAACUGAGUCAGUGGUUUAAAGAAGGAAAGCUAAAGAUCAAGGAGACUAUGAUAAAUGGAUUGGAAAACAUGGGAGCUGCAUUCCAGUCCAUGAUGACAGGGGGUAAUAUCGGAAAACAGAUAGUUUGUAUUUCAAAAGAUAUUUCUCUAUAAUUGUCAUCUUCAAGAAAAAUCACACAUAUUUCUUUCCACCUUACACAAAGAUUUUUAAGAUAAAUUUUUUUAAAAAAAAAGUACAGGGGGCUGGGGUUGUAGUUCUGUGGUGGAGCACUUGCCUCACAUGUGUGAAGCACUGGGUUCAAUCCUGAUCACCACAUAAAAAUAAAAUAAAGGUAUUGUAAAAAAAAAAGUACAGAUAGCUCUUGAUUUGAAUGUGAUCAGAAGAAUAUUUUCUUAUGUAACUUAACUCUUUUCUAUAUCUUAAUAUCAUGUGUGCACUCUACAUCUAACAUUACCUAAAACAAUACUGAAAUUAAAAUGAUCCAUUUUUCUUUUGUUAAAACAUGUAUGACAUGAUUGUAUCAGACAUUCUGAAGCUACUGGAGAUUUGAUGCAACUGAUAAUGCAUCAAAUUUAUAAAUUUUUAAAAAUUAAUAAUGUCUAUUAAUUUAAAAUAGAAUAAAUAUUCUAUUUGAUAUGAGAGGCAUGUAGUAAACAUUUGUUGGACUGGAAAAAAAAAAAAAAACUUCACGUGAUUCUUAAACUGAAACUUGGAAUAAGAACAGAAUUGGAAUGGCCUUUCCAUAUGAUAGGUGGAAACAGGACUUAAUGGUAUGAUAUGUAUGUAAGGACUGCAGGGUAGGGUUGGUUGGGUGUGAUUCAGAGCUUGUGGAACAGUUUUUGCAAAAGGAAAACAGAGGUUUGGGGUUGGGAGUGAUAUGAGAAAAUAAAUGACUGAAGUCAGUCGGUUUGAGAGACCCACAAGAUUUAAUCCAAAGGAUUAUCUAUUAAUGUUUUGCCAAAUAAUUGACUAGACUUCCUAAAAACCCAAUUUAUUUUAUUUUUUUUUUUAGAGAGAGAAUUUUAAAGUUUAUUAUUAUUAUUAUUAUUUUCAGCGAACACAACAUCUUUGUUUGUAUGUGGUGCUGAGGAUCGAACCCGGGCCGCACGCAUGCCAAGGCAGUGCGCUACCACUUGAGCCACAUCCCCAGCCCUAAAAACUCAAUUUAUAUAUUGAUAAAAGCAUAUGUUAAUCUUAGUUUAGUGUGCACAUAUUGUCAAAUAGUUGUCAAGAUUAGAGAGCAAGUAGAUAUAAACUUACUGGGAAUUUCAGAUAACUAAACAAGGAGGUUUGGGGGUGUAACUGGGUAGCACAACUCUGCUUGACCUUGAGGUCAGUUCCCACCACAAGAACACCUAAAAAACCCAAAAUCAAAACAAAGAUGGCUUCAGAAAACAACAGGACUGACUGGGAAAAUUAACCAAUGGUUGUAAUCAUGAAUGUUCAAAACCUACUGAUGUACCUCUAAGUAAGUUUGAUUUAUUAAUUGUAUCCAACGCUUUGAAACAAUAAAAUUGAAGAUGUU